UCGCCCACCGCCGCCCACGCGCACCGCCGCAAGGGGGGCGGCGUGCCCGGCCUGGGGCUCGGCCUGGGCGGCUACGUCAACGAGGCUGCCAAGGCGCUGCCGCCGCCCGCGCUCCGCGUCUUCCACCUCGCCGGCAGCAGGUCGUCGCAGAGCUCGGAGGAGGAGCCGCGCCGGUGCGUGUCCGUGGGCUCCGAGCUGCCGCUGCUGGAAAGCGUCGCGCCCGCCCCCGCCUCCACGCCGCCCCCGCCGCCUCCCGAGCGCAGUGACAGCCUCGGCACGCGAUCCGAGGCCCACCACCUCCGCACAGCGCCCUGGUUUCAGGCUGGCAUCCCUAGGGAGAUCGCGCUGGAGGUGCUGGGCCGUGAACCGGAGGGCGCGUUUAUGGUGCGCGAGAGCACCAGCAAGCCCGGCUGCUACGCGCUGUCGCUGCGCGUCCCCAGGGACUUCCAGCCGUCCGGCAUCGCGCACUACCUCAUCCUGCGCACCGCCAAGGGAUACAAGAUCAAGGGCUUCACGAAAGAGUUCUCAAGCCUGACCGCGUUGAUCACGCACCACUCUGUGAUGCCGGAGCUUCUGCCCGUUCCGCUGUCGCUCAGCCGCUACAACCCCAGCUUCCCCAAGUCUGACUCCAAGGAUAGCGAUUCGGACCCCGACUACAAUACGCUCGCCGAUUUCCGCAAGAUGAUGGCCGACCUGAACGUCUGAAAGGAUAGUCAAUUGGCAGAUGUCGCUUCUUCCGAGCGAUGGAGAGUGAUGCUGAGUGUCAAAAACUCUGAUGUCUGCGGGGACACACUGCAGCGGAGAGUCAAAUAACAAAAACGUCUGCUCUCCACUCUAACACAUAUCUUUAUUCUCGUUGAAAGGAAGCCUUUGUACCAAUUUUCAACUAUACUGAAGCAAGAUGCUAGUAUAUAUUUUGAUAAAUACUUAUCUUGAUCACCAUACGGUAAUAAAUAAGGUAAUAGCAUGUUGCCUGGAACUUAAUUGUGCCUUACUACAGAAAUUUGGGACAGCUAUGUUUUUCACAAACAUGAAAAAUUCUCUCAACGUAACAGUUUUUUGCUUGCUCCUAACAGAAAGACAUCAUAAUGUGAAGCUUUCUCCAAGAGCAGUAUGUUUCCCUCAUCAGUAACAGGUAGUUGUAUCUGUGCUUUCCAUAAAUCAGAUAUGAGAAGUGCACUGAAUUUGUGACUCGUCGAAUUUUUUGCUUGCCUUCUAAUUUUUGUCCAGGGGAAGCGAUUGUUUUCUCUCAUCUGGUCCCUUAGUUGUUUUGGUAACUAAAAUGUGGCGUUGUUAUCAGUGAAUAUGAACAUCUUUAGUCUGAUGGUUACUCUCACAGCCUGUAAAACUCACUGUAUAUAAGGCAACCAAUGCACCAUAUGAUGCAGUUAACUCUGUGUUACUUGCAAAGAAAAUUAUUGUCGUCAUCUGUAUGGAGUUUAAGAUGAAGAUCAGAUGAUGUGGAAUUCUGCUUGCUCAUUACAAUUCUUUGGACGUAUCUGUCACCUAAUGAAAGUUUUGUAUCAAAGCUUUUUGUUAUGAGUACCAAGUACCACUAUUAACCAGUGCCUGCUGGCAGUACAUUAAGAACUCAUGCUGCACCUAAAAGGCACUACUAAGGACAAUGUUACUUAUAUCCAUUUGAGUGGACUGUAGGCCAUGUUUAUGGUAUAUAUCUGUGGCAGUUUUUUGCAAUCUAAUCCAUUUGACUUUGUGGAAUGUACCUUAGUAUGUCAAUCUCUGCUGCUUUGAGACAGUGUGAUGAUGAACUAGUCUAUCUAUAGUCGUGUGCAGAAUGCUAUGUCAAACAUGGUGUUUGAUAGUGAUUUUUAUGGUGUGUAAAAGAGUACAUGUGCACCUCAAUAAAAGAGUGCAUUUAUUUAGAGUUCUCUUGAAGAAAAAUGCAUAUGGAAUAAUAUUUGGAACUGGAACAGUUUCCAAGAUCAUGGCUGAAGAUUAUAAUCUUAUAGUAAACAUGUUACACUUAAUUAAAUAUGCAUCUUGUUCACAGUUUCAACACGUGUGUAAGAUGUACUUCACAGUGUGCUGUGUGAACAUCUGAACAGUUGUAUCUUGUAGAAAAAUCAAACAAUCAUUUUGGCUUAGUCUUAUCAAGACCAUAAGUUUCCCAAAUGCUAUUUGAAGAAAGAAAAACUACUUUCUUGUGUUAAAUGAAUGUUGCUUUUUUUCCAUGUACAUCACAUGAACUAGUCCAUGCCUGAUUUUUGUUUCUUCUUACUGAAAAAAAUUGCUAAUUGAAGAGCAAGGUUCAUGUUCUCCAUUUCCUGAACAGGUUUUGUACCUUGGUUAGUUUCCAGGCUACAAUAAAGUUCUUCAGUAAACAUUGGAGUCAACUUUGGAUAGUUGUUAAGAAGAUGAGAACCAAAGAAAACAUGAAGCUAACCAUACACAACUGAUAAAAAUACUUACAAAAUUCCUGUAUAUUUUUGGAAUUAGUAUUUUUAUGAUCAUGUUAUAUAUGGUGGGAGAACCAAAAGUUAUUGGCAACAUAGAUGUUAAAUCUGUGAUGUAAAGUGAUAUUAUGUAUUCAUGAGUGAACUAAUGUACUGUAUUUUAUUUAUAUUUCAGAGCUUAUAAUUCAUCAAAAGUGUUGACACUAAUGUUCAGGGUUGUGUAAAAAUAAACAGAUUUAACAUUAAACUAAAUCUGUAGUUAAAGCAAUUAUUACCAUAUUCCAGAAUUUUUCUAUUUAAGUACUGACUGAGGAGGAAUGCCACAAAAUGUUCAUUCUCUGUUAACACUGGUUCAUAGAGUCAUAAUAAACUGUUAUAAACUAAACUAGUAUUGGAUGGAAAAAAUUGAAAUACUGAUUUCCAAAUACAGAAUCUUGAUUUUAUCACUGAAUAGAUAUAUGAAACCCAGGUUAUUGAAGCUUCCUAUGUCGACAGAAUAUAAUAGAUGCAUAUGGAACUUACAAAUUAAACAAGGAAUUUCACGUAAGUCAAGAAUUACUACAGAGCUACAGCACAAAGAUCAACAAUUUAUGUAAUUUAUUGAAACUAUACAUGAUAUCAAUAAUGGAGUGUUGAGUGUAACUAAAACAUCAAGAAAAACAUAUUAUCUACACAGAAAUUCUAUGUAAGAGUUUGGAUGAGAGCACAGUAUGCUGACAUUAAAAUUUUGUUUCAUAGUAUCAAUAAUAGUAUUACUAUAAUGGUGCAUUACUUGUAAUUUCAAGGCAGGAGUAUACAAUUGUAAAACAAAUGAAUAGGUUACCAGUGAAUCCUGUGAUAUGGUGGCCAUAUUUGAAGACCUUUUUGCCAUUAAAACAAACAUUUUAUCACAUCACACUCAUCUGAUUGUUCACUUUUUUAUAUUCCUGUGGCUAAGUGUGUUUCAUGUAUAGGGAGAGAGCAUGAUUUGGAAAAUAUUGUAGUCCAUCAAUUAAAAAAUUCCCAUUUAGCUGUUUCAUAAGUCUCUUAUCAGGUGGGUGACAAUUUUUAUGUUGUUUGGUUGCAGAGAGGACAUAAUUACCAAAUUCAUGAAUUUCUUAUCGUAUAUAAUG